ACUGGGGGUGAAGGGAUUGAUGAAAACAGGGACAAGGAUGAUACAGACAGUGAAGAUAAUGAGCUAGAGAAUUACACAGAUAGUGAAGAGAAUAACACAGACGCAGAGAGUAUUGAGAAUUACACAGAUAGUGACGAGAAUAACACAGACGCAGAGAGUAUAGAGAAUGAAGAGACUGACACAGAUAGUGAAGAGAACUACAAAGAACUUCUUAUUGAGUGCCUAAGGUUGGGACAGGGAGGCGAUGAUUUAAAAACCUUCCUUGAAAAGUCAAACAACGAACAGAACAUUGGAGAUGAUGAAGAUGGAAAUAAUGUUUUACACAUUGCUGCAAGUGGAGAUGAUUUGGAUUUAUUCGAAGUUUUACUUCAUUAUUAUGAGGACAAGAUUGAUGAAGGAAACAAGAAGAAAAGAACACCUCUACAUAUAGCAGCAAGGAAUAACAAACAUGAGAUUGUAAACUUUCUAAUUGAACGAGGAGCUGACGUAUCUAUUGAGGAUGUGAAACAGUUAACUCCUCUUUUGACGGCAAUAAGGUACGACAGUCUACAAGUAUUUCAACGCCUUACAGAAGACAUGUCAGAUGAAGUUGAAAUCGAUAAAAUGGUUGAAAUAGCAACAAAAUAUAACAGCGAGCACGUCGCAAAAGAUUUGAUACAGAAGUUCGGGGACGACUGUAAAAAUGUUAUUGAAAAAAACUGGCACAAACUUGUGUCAUUAGCCACGGUCAAUAACAGUUUUAAGCUAUUACAAAUGCUGCAUGAUCAGGUAAAAGACAUUGAUAUCCCUUCCUUGGAAGAAGACACUGACGAUGAAACUACCGGUGAUACGUCUAAAGAAACGAAACAUCAAAAAGAGCCCCCAAAAGAACCCCUUCUUGUAGCUGCGGAAAAGGGGUACUUCGAAUGUUUGGAUAUUUUGAUAAAGACGAAAAUAUUUGAUUUAUGUACAAAAUGUGAAAAUGGAAAGACAGCAUUGCAUCUUGCAGCUGCAAAAGGAAGAAUAAGAAACGUAGAAUGUUUGAUUGCGAAGGCACCGAAGCUGAUGUAUAUGAAAGACAAAUCAAAACGUACAGCACUCCACGACGCAAAACAACAUAAUGAUCCCAAGUCAUAUAUCGGACUAGCAUAUACAAGUUGA